UUUUUUUUUUUUUUUUUUUAAAUAAUUUAUUUAUAAUUUAUUACAUUUGUUUUAUAAUGCUAGAAGGUUACACGAGUGGAUGCCAUUUGCUUUUCCUCACUGUUUCUAUUGCAGGUGCCCAUUUAGUUCUUGGAAAUGAAAAACCCAUCAUCGCUGCUGCAAGUUUUGCUGCUCACAUCUACCGGCCAGUCCUGCAGCCCUCAGAAGUCCUCCCUCAGAUUGGAACCUACACGAUUAAAAACCCAAAGGGAGGACUAUGCAUCAAAGCUACAAUGGGAGCACAGUAUAUUGUCAUCAUAAAAAAGAAGAGCUGGUUUUUCAACUUGGACCCUCUUAAGGUUCUUGUGAGCGGGACCUGUCACUGGGAAUCAGCGGUCUUAUCCCUCACACUACCUGAUAAUGCUGCCACAAUGCAGUUCACCUUCAAAAAGGAAAAUAAUCAAUAUUAUGUCACCAAGCUGAGCGCUUCGUUGUCUCCUCAGCCUGUUUGCUUAGCAUGUGCUAAUAAGACUUACUUGGGUUCAGUGUCACCUGGCAAGUUGUUUGCAGCAUCAUACGGUCGAAGCUUUCGUUGCAAAUCUGCGAACAUGCUUUUGGCAUCUUCAGAAAUGAGUAUUAAGCUGGUAUCUCUUCAGAUGCAGGCAUUUAGUGUGCCCAAUGGACCUUAUGGAGAAGUGGAGGAAUGUUUGGCGGAUUAUAAAAAGAAGACGAUCCCUAUUAUCCUCUGGGGUGUCGCAUUUGGCUUUUUGAUGAUUGCAACAGUCACCUUCUUAUUGGUUAAAGAACAUCGUACAGAGGGCUACCAGAGACUCUGAAGUUUUUCUGAAACUAUUCAUGUCAAAUGACAUUUGGAUUUUUGUCUCACAUUAAACUCCUGGGAUUGUGAACAAUGUUUAUGAAAUGCUCCAGUUGGCUCCAGUCCAGAGUGUAUAGCUCCUCACAACCAAUGUCAGUUAGCAUGGAAUACAAUUUCAGAGGUGGGUUGUUUGCAGAUGAGGUAAAUCAAACAAACAAAAUAAUAUUCAAAUUAAACAAGAUAUUCAAAACUAUAAAUUUGUAUCAUUAUGAUUUCAGUCACACUCUGAAUUAUACACUUCAUUCACUACCAAACUAAGGAGGGUAACAUGUAGGUAACACGAUUCAAUACAAUUUGUGAAACAAGGCUCACGAUAACAAUGAGGUCACGAUAUGGCGAUACAAAAAUUAUCGAUGCAUUGGUAGGGAAAUCAUUCUAGGAUAUU